CCCAUGCAGUCUAUUAUAGGCCUUCAGAACUUAUACAAAUCUAUACUCACUGUUAAAACACGCACUGGGUGGCUUUCUAAACACCUACAGUAUGUCAUGCAUGUACCGAGCUACAAUGUGCUUUGUUUUAACAAUGUUAAACAACAGUUUUAACAAUGUGCUUUUUGGAUACGAUGAUCCCUAGGUCAAUAGCUUCAAGCCUGUUUUUUAAGUAAUGAAAGACCACUAUGGUCUAGCCGUUAGCACAUUGCGUUUUGCUAAUCCCAGACUUGAAAUCGAGUCUACAAAAGGACCUUGAUCAAAGUGCAUCUACGUCCAGCACAUGCGACAAUCACCCUACGGAACCUGCUGAUGAAUCGGACUUCUGAGUAAAUUCCUAUUGGAAAAGCGCCAAAAUGACAACCAAACUACAUCAAGAAAAGAGAACGACAAUGGGGUGCAUUUUUCUACAAAGUGUAUCAAGUUGGUUUGUUAAAACCUUCAAAGAUGGCGGUCUUCUUGGAUGGGCUGUUCUGGGUUUAUUUUCAUCAUGGAUAGCGUGGAUAGGAUUGAUUAAGGGUCUUGCUGUGAUGUUACCAACUCUACAAGAACAAUUCGAUGCUUCGACUUGGUUAGUUGGCUGGAUGAUUGCUAUUAUAGACGCCAGUUCGUCGAUAUCAGCUCUGUUUGCCUCUCCUCUACGAGAGAAACUAGGAGUGCGAGUUGUGGUCAUGGUGAGUGGGUUACUCGUCAGUGGUUCACUGAUAGCUUCGGCUUUUGCAACCAGUUUGUCUCAGAUAACGGUUCUUCUCACUCUAGCUGCCGGUCCUGCGGUUGGUUGUUCACUCGUUGUAAGUAAAGAGAUGAUUGGACGUUGCUUUACUGAAUCGAGCGCAACAGCUUUCGGCGUGGGAAUACUUGGCGGUUCCAUUGCCUUCGUCACCUGCGUACCCUUAACGCAAUUCUUCUUGGAUAUCUACGGUUGGAGGGGAACCAUGCUGCUACUUGGUGGGAUUUUGUCUCAUCUUGCUGUCUGUGGAGCUUUAAUGAAAGAACCCGCUGUGAAACGAAAUAACGAUGAAUAUCAAACAGUUGCUUUAAAUGAAGACAUCGGUGAUGAUGAAGAAGCAACAUCAAACAGCCGUUGUUGCUCUUGGUUUAACAGCGUUCACUCAUUCAUCAGCCAGACUUUCAAGCUUGGUUUAUUCUCCUUACCAGCAUUUUGGCUUAUAAUCUUCAUGUACAACAUUUGGAUGAUGAUGAACAUAGCUUGGGUCAUAUAUUUUGUAGCAUACACAACCGUAUCCAAGGGGUUUUCACUUGGAGACGCUUCCAACUGUGUCGUCAGUUAUGGAAUUGGGAGAAUACUUAGCAGUAUAACUGUUGGUCCGUUGGUCAAAAACUUCAAAGUACUAAGUCUAAGCAACUCUGCGUGGUUGGGACUUGGACUAUUUUUGUCGUCUUUGUAUUAUCUCAUAGAUCCCUGGCUGAUGUCUUUUUGGCCGGUACUUGUGGCAGCUUUCAUCUAUGGGUAUUUCACAGUGAUGGUACACAUACAAUUUGACCUCGUCGUUAUAGAGUCAUUUGGUGCUGAUCGAAUGGGAUUCUUUCUUGGUUGGAAUGGAUUUUUCACUGGAGUAACUGGGCUCUUCACAUUGUAUUUCCCAGGUCUAAUCUACGACCACUUUGGUAGUUAUACCUUAGCCCUAAUUCUGAUGGGAGGCGUCCAACUGCUUACCGUGGUGGCUCUACUUGUUCUAGUUUGGCUGCAAAGACGUCGUCCGGCCAGCCUCUGAGGGGACGUCCGAAAAUGUAUCCGUACUGCCAAUCCCGAUGCUCACUGUCGCGGUGUUCACUGUCUCACCAUGGUGGCGCUGUUCUGUUACAUUCCGCAUUGUUUAAAUGUAUUUGACAUUAUUUGAACAAGUACUUAAACGAUAGCUCUCGAUCCUCGCUUGUACUUAGUUAUUUCAUAGAUAUGUGUGUCACAUGCACGGUACAAAGGAGACAGCGGAGACUUUAAAUGAGCUUUCCCAUUUAUUUGCACUCGGUGUUUAAUACACAGGUGAAAGGGAGAUGGCUACGGAAAAUUACAUGUCUGAGAAGAACUAAAAUAACCUCGAACAGAACACAACGGAAUCAGGAACAGAAAUGAGCCUAUGCGGUGUUCGCUGCAAGAAUACAUUAAGCAGCCAACGCCCACAUUCGUUGGUACUCGGGCAUACUGGACAUUCCAAAGCAAUACAAAGUAAAUACCAGCAAUGCAGUGGUUGAAAUAAAUGAUGGGGAAGGCGGGCGGGACAAUAAUAGAAAUACCACAGGAUAAUACAUUGAAGGAAUAAUGAUAAUGCAAUACAACAAACACACUUAUCGACGGAGAUAACAAUGUGUGUAUUAUUUGCUUUAACAAUAUUUAAAUUUGGUAUACUUAAACAGCUACCUGAGCGGAAUGUUUUCAAC